AGGGAAUGUGAGAUUAAAAAAAGAACUAAAAAAAGGAUACACUUUAUUUUAUAAAAUAUUGAUAUUUUGACAAUUUUAAUAAUAUUUAUAAAGAAUAAUUUUUUAUUAAUUAUGUCAGGAUUUUUGACUCGAUUACUAAUUUUUCCUUCAUUCUCCUGACCCUAUCGCGUACUGUUCUUCUUUCUUUCAGAUGCGAAAUCCAGCGAUUCCGGCGCAAGUAGAGUCCCGACGCUGUUCAUCGCAAAUCGCGAGCCCAGUCCAGCGAAAUCGACCGGAGUCCGUCGUUCUCGCGUACGGAACCAGGUGUCGAAAUCUCCCGUCUCUUUCGUCCUUUGCUUCGAAUCGGAUGACUAUCUUCAUUCUUCCGUUGAGAAUUGUAGAGUGUGGUGGUGGAAGUUCUGAUCGAGUCCGGACUCGUCUCAGUUUGCUGCUCCGAAAGAGAUUGAUUAUUUUUGGAAUAUGUGCGAUCACUAUCGGUCAACGGACCAGGUCCCUUGACACAGCAAGAACAGUGCUGAAGAUUAAAUAAUAUAAAGAACACAACACAAGCAGUUUACGUGGAAACCUCCUUGCUCAAGGGAGUAAAACCACGACUUGUUGCACAGGAUUUACAACCGUCUUCACUAAUCUUCUCAAGCAAAAGUGAAACUCUGUUACAAUCAAUGUGUGAAAAAGUUAUUAAUCUCACGAUCAAGUAAUCUACCUAUUACUUGAAGAGCCUAAGCGGAUACAACACCGCCCACUAAACCACCUAACUCUAGAUGACUUAGAAUUUGACUAAGCAACAAACUAAUAUUGCCCACUAAAUCAGUUAAUCUUAACUGAUUUAGACUUUUACAAACCCAAAACAAAUAUCUGAAUCCUUUAUAGAUUAGGAACAAAUUUACAAUGUAAGUACAUAAAUACAAAGCUCUAAAUACAACAAAGAUUCUUCUUUACUCUAUCAGGUCCUUCUGUUGAGUUGAGCAAUGUUCUUCCUUGAAAAUGACCUUUUGUUCAAGCUUGUGAAUUUUCAGAGAAAAUCCAAGUUCAAUUUGCCAAGUCUCAAAUUUGUGUUUGUUGGAAAGAGAUAAUAUAAUUUCCCACAAAUUCGUUGAAGUCAUCCCAUUGGCUGAAGGGCUGCUGUUAGAAAAGUUGUGCACCUACCGCAUCAGAGAUGACAACUGUCUUUUCGUCCUUUUCACGUCUUAGUCUUGCGGGUACCAUGUCCCUUGCUUGCGGGAACCAGGUUGCAAACUUCUAUAUAAGUUCUUGAAAAGGCUUGCUGACUGACUUCUUUCUUUGGAUGAAUGAAUAUAAUAUGGUGUUUGUCAUGCUAAAAGUAUCAAACAUAAAGAGUUAUUAUCCGUUGGACAAACACCUUCCUCCAUUCUGAUUGGUGUAGUACACUGACGUCUUAUCAACCUCUCAUGACAGCUUUACAGAUGUAACCAAUUAUAUAUCUGAUGGAGGAAACUCUGUCUGGUACCAGGUCCCUGCAUUUGUGAGAUACUGAAACAUACAAUCUCGUCCACUCUUCUUAUUGGUGUAGGAUACUACACUUUCACCUACCACCUGACAUGACAGCUUUUAUGACUGUACCCCAUUUGUAUCUGGACGAGAGCACUCUGCCAGGAACUAGGUCCCCGCAUUUGUAAGAAUCAUCAAAACACGUAGAAUAUAACAAUUAUAGUCUUCCAUCCAUUCUAAUAUAACUUGAUUAUUAUUUAUAUCCUAUUUCGAACACUGGUAUGUUUUAGCCUUUUGAAGUUGUUCAUUCAAGUUAGUAUCAACAUGCUCUCAUACUUAUCAGAGUACUAUACAGUUUCUGUAUUUAUUCAGAUGGCUACUAACCCAUCCUCUGUAUCCAUCUCAGUUUCAUUCAUGUUUUAUCACUAAAUCUGUGUUUCAAUGUGAGGUUAUGUUAUUUUCAA